AUGGCAGGUGGAAUGGGGAAAAGCAGGGGGGAGCAAGGCAAGUUCAUGGUACUUCUUCGAUAUAAAGGCGCGCAAGUUAAUUGGAGGCCUCCUUCUGUGGGUUGUUUAAAAAUGAAUUUUGAUGGGGCUUGCGAUGCUAAAAAUAAUGUCUGUGGCCUGGGUGUGGUGUUUAGAGAUAAUGUGGGUUUGCUAAAAGGGGCUAUGGCAGUGCCACAGGUUGGAAACCUCCCCCCAAGAUCGGUGGAAGCUCUAGCUCUUCUACAUGGUUUACGCUUCGCCUUGCAUUUGGGAUAUACGAGUCUAGAAGUUGAAGGUGAUGCCCUUUCCGUGGUUAAUGCGCUAGAGGAUAGUUCUAAUGAUUUGAGUGUUGAGGGUCAUAUUAUUGAGGAAGUUAAGUCUUUAGUUCAAUUAUUUCAUGUUUGUAGUGGUCACUUUGUAAAGCGGGAAGGCAACAAUGUUGCUCACCGGUUAGCAAAGGAGGCUAUGAAACUUAGUCAACCUUUUCUUUGUUUAGAGUAG